CCACCUUGGUCACAUGACCUGCGCACUGGCCUGACCGUGACGUCACGCGUGUUGCCCGACGCUGCUCAGCUGAUCCCCCUGGCUGAGAGGAAACCGACAGCUGCAGGAUAGGAACACACACAGGCGCUUUAAUUCACCUGUAUUACUCUAAUUGUGCUCCUCUGGUGGUGGUGUGGCAUCAUGGGGGAGCUGUUCCGCAGUGAGGAGAUGACUCUGGCCCAGCUCUUCCUGCAGUCCGAGUCUGCCUACUGCUGUGUCAGCGAACUCGGGGAGAUCGGCAUGGUGCAGUUCAGAGACCUGAACCCUGACGUGAACGUCUUCCAGAGGAAGUUCGUGAAUGAAGUGCGUCGUUGCGAAGAGAUGGACCGCAAACUGAGGUUUGUUGAGAAGGAGAUAAAGAAGGCUGAUAUACCCAUUGUAGACACAGGAGAGAACCCAGAAGUCCCGUUCCCUCGAGAUAUGAUUGACUUGGAGGCCACAUUUGAGAAGCUGGAGAUGGAGCUGAAGGAGAUCAAUACUAACCAGGAAGCCCUGAAGAAGAACUUUCUGGAACUGACCGAGCUCAAACACAUCCUCCGGCGCACACAGCAGUUCUUUGAUGAGAUGGAGGACCCCGCUCUCCUCGAGGAAUCGUCCAUUCUGCUGGACCCGACUGAGGUUAUCCGAGCUCCUCUCAGGCUUGGCUUUGUAGCAGGUGUGAUUGGCCGAGAGAGGAUUCCCAACUUUGAGAGGAUGUUAUGGAGAGUCUGUCGAGGCAAUGUGUUCCUGCGCCAAGCGGACAUCGAGGACCCCCUGGAGGACCCCACUACAGGUGACCAGGUGCACAAGUCGGUGUUUAUCAUCUUCUUCCAGGGAGAUCAGCUGAAGAAUAGGGUGAAGAAGAUCUGUGAAGGGUUUCGGGCUACACUGUACCCCUGCCCUGAGACUCCACAGGAGAGAAAGGAAAUGGCAGUGGGAGUCAACACUCGUAUUGAUGACCUCCUAAUGGUGCUGAAUCAGACGGAGGAUCACAGACAGCGCGUCCUACAAGCUGCUUCGAAGACCCUGCGUGUGUGGUUUAUUAAAGUGAGGAAGAUGAAGGCCAUCUACCACACACUCAACCUCUGCAACAUUGAUGUUACCCAGAAGUGUCUGAUUGCUGAAAUUUGGUGUCCCUUGUCUGACCUGGACUCCAUUCAGCUCGCUCUGCGGAGAGGCACGGAGAAAAGUGGUUCCACCGUUCCCUCCAUCCUGAACAGGAUGCAGACCAAACAGACCCCACCUACCUACAACAAGACCAACAAGUUUACCUCCGGCUUCCAGAACAUCGUAGAUGCAUACGGCAUUGGCAACUACCGAGAAAUUAACCCAGCACCCUACACUAUCAUCACCUUCCCCUUCCUGUUUGCCGUCAUGUUUGGGGAUCUGGGUCACGGCAUACUGAUGACCUGCGCCGCUCUUUAUCUGGUUCUGCGAGAGCGUCGACUCAGCGCCCAGAAAAAUGACAAUGAGAUGUUCAGCAUGGUGUUUUCAGGACGUUAUAUUAUUUUAUUGAUGGGGCUUUUCUCCAUCUAUACCGGGAUCAUCUAUAACGACUGCUUUUCCAAGACGCUCAACGUCUUUGGUUCCAGCUGGAGUGUGCGGCCCAUGUUCGAGAAAGGAGAAAAAGGCAACUGGACGUUUGAGGUUCUGGAGGAGAACAGGCUGUUGCAGUUGGACCCCACCGUGUCCGGAGUGUUUGGAGGACCCUACCCCAUCGGCAUUGACCCGAUCUGGAACAUGGCCACCAACAAGCUGACCUUCCUGAACUCCUAUAAGAUGAAAAUGUCUGUAAUCUUGGGAGUUACUCAUAUGCUCUUUGGCAUCACUCUCAGCCUCUUUAAUCACAUCUACUUUAAGAAGCCUCUGAACAUCUGGCUGGGCUUCAUCCCUGAGAUCAUCUUCAUGAGCAGCCUGUUCGGUUACCUGGUGCUGCUCAUCUUCUACAAGUGGACCGCGUACGACGCUGCAACCUCCAGGGAAGCUCCGAGCCUCCUCAUCGCCUUCAUCAACAUGUUCCUCUUUAACUAUACUGACCCUACUAUCAAACAGCUAUACAUAGGACAGCCAGUGAUCCAGUCCCUGUUGGUGGUCAUCGCUCUUUUAUGCGUGCCCUGUAUGCUUAUAGUAAAGCCGCUGGUUCUGCGCAGACAGUACCUCUGGAGGAAGCACCUCGUAAGACCUGACAAGAUUACACUUAAAUAUCUAUUACUCAUGCACGUACACACACACACACACACACACCAACCAACAUGUAACUUGUGGUGUCCUCAGGGCACUCAGAACUUCGGGGGGAUCCGGGUGGGCAACGGCCCUACAGACGAUGAAGCCGAGAUCAUCCAGCAUGAUCAGCUCUCCCAGAACUUAGAUGAAGAGGCAGAGCAGUCAGAAGAGGAAGUGUUUAAUUUUGCAGAUGUAGCAGUGCAUCAGGCCAUUCACACUAUAGAGUACUGCUUAGGCUGCAUCUCAAACACAGCAUCCUACUUGCGCCUGUGGGCCCUGAGCCUCGCCCACGCACAGCUGUCCGAGGUCUUGUGGUCCAUGGUGAUGAACAUCGGACUCUCCUCUAGAAAUUUUGCCGGCUCCUUUAUCCUAAUUUUCAUUUUUGCUAUCUUUGCCACACUGACGGUGUGUAUCCUACUGAUAAUGGAGGGUCUGUCUGCCUUCCUGCACGCGCUCAGAUUGCACUGGGUGGAGUUUCAGAAUAAGUUCUACACGGGUCAAGGUUUCAAGUUCAUGCCCUUUACUUUCGACAACAUCCUGGAGGGAAAAUUUGACGACUGAACAGUUUCCAUCUUCUCAACCUUCCUCCGCCAUCACACCCCCAGUUCGACCACUAAAUCCCCCCAGUCAGAGUAACAGUAAUGAGAGGAAGCGAUAUGAGCUCCAUCAUUUAUACAUAUAUCAGGUGAAAAAUAAUCAGGGGCACACUAUUAUCAUGUAUCGCAUUAAUUCUGCUCUCAUAUUUAAAGUCCAUAAUUUAUGAUUUGUUUGUAUGAUGUGACACAUCUCCAUAAAUAAGCUAAUUUGUUUGAAUAUUUAAAUACGGCGUAUGAAGUGGAUGCAUUUGUCUUGUACACUGUGCUCACUGUUCUGGCCUCAGUCUGAUUUCACUACUGUGUUUCUGUCUAGUUCUUGUGUUUAUUGUGUGCUUGCUUAUCAGUUUGGAUUGGAACAGACAAUUCUUAACGAGUCCCGUCUCCUCCUCUCCCUGUGUUUCACUCAGAGAUUUGAUGCAAAACUCUGCAAAGGGAAGCAUUUCAAAAUUCCCUUUUAUUAUUUCCCAGACAAAUGUAUUUACAUCUGUUUACAUCUAUUUAAAUGUGUUUUGCGUAGUGAGCACUUUUUUGUGAUUAUUUUGUGGCUUCCCCCCCAUUUAAACAACAUAUCCACACUUUGUAAUCCACGCUUGUAUCAUAAAGGUGGUUCUGUGGGCUGUUAGUGAUUGUCUGGUUGAAUAUCAGGAAACUUAACGCUAAAAAUCAACUACUUUAGGUUAUCUCACUAACCCACAGAUCCAUAGUCGCUGUUUCACCGCUCAUCAUUAGUCUUGAUGUUGGUUUUUACACUUUACAGUUGCAGUAAGCCAUGGAAAUCAGUUUUAAUUAGUUAAGUGUCUGGCUGUGUCUCGUUUUGUUGUGUUUUUGUUUCUUUGACGAACCAAGUAUCGUAGCUCUUGCAGGCAGAGCUAAAACGCAGCAGGAAUUUGCUAUGUCAAAUUUUAUAAAGGAAAAAGAUUCGGAUGUUGUGUAUAUCAAUAAAAUUGAUUUUCCCCUAAAAGCAUGUAUAGAAGUAAUUUUUCAACUAUAAAAAUGACAAGAGAAUGAUGUACUUUUUAUCCACUUAUUGUUACCUUUCAUGUUACUGAACACUUAUGAAUUCCUGUAAUCACCAGAAGUGGACUCAAGUCAAAGUACAGAUGCCACUGGUCAAAUGUUACUCCAAUACAAGUGAAAGUUGUCCAGUCAAAUUUGUACUGAAGUACUUGCUUUUAAAAAUACUUAAGUAUUAAAAGUACAUUUUCUGUCAA